CUUCAGUUGUUCGAUCGGGCGCCUAGUGCUAUAUAGCAAACAAAUUGGAUACGAAUAGGCAGUGCCUAAAUAUGGUUUACUUUAGUCCGCGUGGCAUGCAACCGUGUAGUCCAGCGGGUGUUAUUGCAAUGAUGCCGCCAUCCAAGAGCCCCAUUAUGGAAACCGCAGCCGACAGCAAUCAGGCCAAUAGCCAUGCCAACACAAUGACCACAAAUGUGACAGCCACCACAACAACAACGUCCAGUGAGCCGAAAGCUAGCAAUGCACGGGCGUGUCCUUUGAAAUUUUCAAUCGCUAAAAUUAUGGAGCCAGACAAUAGAGCUAUAGCGGCAACAACAACUACAGCAACAACAACAACAGCAGCAGUGGCAACAAGUUUUGUGGAGGAGUCCGAAGAUAAUGCCGAUGAUAAUAUUGAUGCUGAUUCGGAGCGCUCCUGCAGCCCCAUUGAGGUGGCCAGCGAUGUGGUCGAGGUAACUGUCGAUGUCAACUACGAUUCGGCCUUUAAGAAAUAUGUGCCCGGCUCGAGCAAUGCGCAGAAUGCUGUGAACGCCGCUGCCUCUGCCUCCACCACCACCUCCGCCUCAGCCUCUGCGGUGCAACAGUUCGUCAGCACUCGCCAUCAGGAGCUGCUCUCGCAAUACCCGCUGCUCUAUUACGCCCCCAAUCAGCUGAUGUGUGCCGCUGCCGCUGCGCAGUAUGCGGCGCUCACAGCCCAGCAACAGACUCUGGCCAGUGCGGCGCAUCUGAGCAGCUUCACCGCCUCCCUGAAUGCCAGUCUCCACACCCAGACGGCGCUGCGCCGCAACUUGGCCGCUGUGGCGCCGGGCCAUUCGCUGGCAGCUGCUGCAGCCGCCGCCGCAGCCGCUCAGAGCCACCAUCCACCGCUGCAGGCAACGCUGGAGAAGUCGCCCAUCGGUCAACGCUUGCAGCGCGAGAGCUAUGUGGGUCAGCAUGCCAGCUUGAAGCGCAAGCGGUCGCCUGCUUCUGCGAGCAACAGUGCUGUUCAUGGCGUGGUGACCCCUCCGCCUGCCGCCUCUGCCCUGACUGGCAGCUCCAAUGCACGCUCCCGCUCCCGCUCCGUUUCGCCGCACUCGCUGGACGACAGCAGUCCCGGCUCGGCCAAUGGGGGCAAGCCCAAGACCUUUAGCUGCCUGGAGUGCGGCAAAGUCUUCAAUGCUCACUACAAUCUGACGCGUCACAUGCCCGUGCACACGGGUGCUCGGCCGUUUGUGUGCAAGGUGUGCGGCAAGGGAUUCCGCCAGGCCUCGACGCUGUGUCGCCACAAGAUCAUACACACCUCGGAGAAGCCGCACAAGUGCCAGACUUGUGGCAAGGCCUUCAAUCGCUCCUCCACGCUCAACACCCACGCACGCAUCCAUGCUGGCUACAAGCCCUUCGUUUGCGAGUACUGUGGCAAGGGCUUCCACCAGAAGGGCAACUACAAGAACCACAAGCUGACCCACAGCGGCGAAAAGGCCUACAAGUGCAACAUCUGCAACAAGGCCUUCCACCAGAUCUACAAUCUAACCUUCCACAUGCACACGCACAACGACAAAAAGCCCUACACCUGCCGUGUCUGCGCCAAGGGCUUCUGCCGCAACUUCGAUCUCAAGAAGCAUAUGCGCAAGCUCCACGAACUGGGCGGCGUGGGCCUGGACGAUGACCUGGCACCGGCCUACGAGCGCAGGCGGGAGUACACGCGGCGGGAGCCGCUCUCAUCACAUUCCCCCAGAAGUUAUAGCCAUGCCAGUCAGCUGACGCCCGACUCCUCCGCCGGCAGUCUGUCGCCGCCCAUCAACGUAACCACGCCCCCUCUCUCCAGUGGCGAGGCCAGCAAUUCUGGCUGGCACAAGAGCGGCCACUACCAGACCUUGGGCAGUGCGGCUCCACCCUCCUCCGCAGGACAUUUUCAUCAUCUGCAAGCGGCGCCCGCGAGCGCCUUGCACGGUGACUAUUCGGCCAGCUCGGCCUUUCUACAUUUGGCCAAUGCUGCUCACCAUCCACUAGGCCAGCCGCAGCAACAUCAGCACCACCAACAGCAGCAGCAGCAGCAGCAACAACAACAGCAGCAACGUCUGUCCGCUGCUGCAGCCGUCUCGGCCAUGGAAAACGUGCCCUUCAUAGCCAAAGUGUUUUGACAGCGAUACUAUGCCGAUAGCUUGGGCAGCAAUGGGCUCGUGACGGCGGCCAUCACAUCGACAACAACAACGACAACUAGCAGGGCUACGACGGUGUCGCCGGUUGCCGGCUGCCGCAACACGCUGCUCAUCGAUUGACUGCAAUUUGUGGCAGCCACGGCGGCUGCCAACUCAGCCGGUCCAGAGUCGCAAUUCGAAGCGAAAUCGGAGACGGGCCCGCCGGCACCUUUGGGCUCCCCCGAGCUUAG